UCUAGUACUUCUGUUUCCCCCUCCUUUCACGCUUAUCGAGGUGGUAGUAUUUCUCUAGGAGUUGCACAGGCUGCUAGGAUGGCACUCACGUCGCAACCAGUCUUGUGAGCAAUAUUUGUUUUUUCGUGAAGGUGUAAAAGUCGCGCCAACAACGACUUUAAGUAGUGGCACUUGAUGUCGCCCAUUUCGGAAUGUCCAGAAAUGUCGCAUUCAUAGAAUUCGCUGCCCAAGUAUCUGGCCCAAUUCGAGCUAUUUAUGCGUCCACACGUGGCUUUAGAAAGUUCGGACUCUUAAUUUGCCAAGACAAGGCUUCUUUGUGAUGUUUCAAGCUUCGGGGCUCUAUCUUCAGGGGCCGGAUUACGAGUUCGUCUCGACAGCUCGGAGUCCUAUUCCUUGAAGUAUAACUUGAAGUUAAAAUUGCUGGAAGAGCGCAGCGCCGUUUCUCUUAGCGCCGUCCUCCUCGUUAGGGACGAUGGGUCGAGGAAGCGAUCGCGACGCGGAUUAUAGACUGCCGGACAGCAGCCGGUUCGACGAAGAGACCGUGGAGCUGUCGGUCGGCAAGCAGAUCAAGCGAUUCGUCACGGAGACGUUUCUCGGGCAGCCGUUCUGGCGAUUCAACCGGCGCGGCCGCGACGAUUCCGCGUCCACCUUCGCGGGGAGAUGGCCGAGCGGCGUCAGCUCGGGGGUGUCAGGGGUAACCACGGACGCCAGCUACUCCUACCGGUUUGGGAGGAACGGUGGGGGUUUUAAGGGAGGAGACUCAGUGCGGGGCGGUUCGGUGCGAGGCGAGGCGAUGCUGCAGCGGUCGUCAACGUUCGCCAUCUGCAUGCCGCGGAACAUGGAGCUUGCUUCGUUGAGAGUCGUCGAUCCGGAAGACGCCUAUCUGUUACUAUGGGAGCAGGUGACUCUAGCCCUCGGUUUCUACUCCGCUUUAAUCACGCCCUUCGAGUUCGCCUUCCUGGCGGACAGCAUGCCGGCGUGGCUGACGUGGCUUGACGUGGCCGUCAACUUCUGCUUCCUGGCGGAUCUGCUGCUGACGUUCUUCGUGGCAUUCAAGGACGGGCACACCUACACCCUCGUCACCAGCCACUGGAAGAUCGCUGAGAGGUAUCUGCUAUCCUACUUUCUCAUGGACCUCCUCGCUCUGUUCCCAUGGAACACUUUCUAUCAGCUGGCAGGCGCCAGCGGAGCGGCCAAUCUCCUGCAGUGGCUGCUGUGGACCCGAGUGCUCAGGAUGCGGCACCUCUUCAGAUACUUCCACAGACUGCAGAGGGACAUUCGACUCAGCUACUUCGCUGUCCGUUUCCUCAAGCUGAUCAUCGUCGAGAUGUACAUCACCCACGUGGCCGGCUGCUUCUUCUACUACCUCGCCACCACCAUGCCACCCGAGGACGAGGGCUACACGUGGAUCGGGUCCCUCACCCUGGGGAACUUUUCGUACGAGAGCUUCCGGGACGUCGACCUGUUCACGAGAUACAUAACGGCGCUGUACUGGUCGGUGGUCACCAUGGCCACCAUCGGGUACGGGGACAUUCACCCGGUGAACCCCAGGGAGAUGAUCUUCGCUAUGUUCUACAUCACCGUGGAUCUGAUCCUCUCGGCUUACCUUAUCGGCAACAUCACUGCACUGGUAGUGAAAGGCAGCAACACCACCAAGUACCGCGAGCGGAUGGCGCAGGUUAUCAAGUACAUGAACAGGAACCGCAUUCCCAGGGUGCUGAGGCACCAGAUGCGCCAGCACGUGCGCUUGCAGUUCGAGACGGACCAGGUGGAGGACAACAUUCUUAACGACUUCCCAGUCAGCAUCCGCCACAAGGUGGCGCGGGCGCUGUAUCGGCGGCUGGUGGAGCAGAGCUACAUCUUCCAGGGGUGCUCUCCCGAGUUCAUCAACCAGAUUGUCACCAAGGUCACCCCAGAGCACUACUUCCCCUCCGAGGUGGUCCUGCAGCACAGGGACUCCCCCGAGCGCCUCUACAUCAUCUGCGAGGGCAGUGUGGAGGAAACCUCCCCCUCGACUGGUGACGGGCGGCACUUCUCCGAACUCGGACCCGGCGCAAUGUUUGGCGAAGUGGCAGUGCUCUGCAACAUCCCCCAGCCGUUUGACGUCUCAGUCAUUGAGUUUUGCCAGGUGCUUCGGCUGGAGAGGAACGAUCUAAACACAGCGAUCAACAUGUUCAUGGUGGAUGGCAGGAGGAUAGUCGACAACCUGCUAGAGUAACUAGUUUUUAGGCGGCUUUCUAAACACAGGUGGUUCGACUGGAGAGGGACGAUUGAAACACGGCUAUCAGCACAGUCAUGGCGGACGGGAGGCGAAUACUUGACCCUGCUUGAGGUAACUGCUUGAGGUAACUGCUUGAGGUAACUGCUUGAGGUAACUGCUUGAGGUAACUGCUUGAUGUAACUGCUUGAGGUAACUGCUUGAGGUAACUGCUUGAGGUAACUGCUUGAGGUAACUGCUUGAGGUAACUGCUUGAUGUAACUGCUUGAGGUAGCUGGAUUGGUGUUGUUUUUCGUUUGACUCGGCUAUCCUUUGAUCUUCACACCGAAUCUCUAAGUGGUGUUGUUUCUACGUUCACUACGUUCACUUCACGGACGAAUACUCCCAUCUUGGGACACC